GUGUAGGACCUUAUUGAAGCUCGUAAAUACCUCUUGGGAGAUAUGGAUGAAGUUGAAUUUCGAAGUCUUAGGACAUUACAAGAAGUUCCACGCGUCACUCAUAGUAUCCAGAGACCUGUCUUAUUCUUUCACUUUAAGCAUGUAACUGAAGAGAUGCGUAAAGUGGCCAAAGAGUGCAAUAUCCUUAAGCCUAUAAUAGAAAAGCCAAAAGCAAGAGCUGGUAAGACUGUCGCUAGUCGUGCUACUUCCGAUACUCGUCAUGAAAGCAAACCAACUCAACAUGUAAAUAAGAAAUCUCGCUCCAGUACACAAGAAACAUUACCCCCACCUCCUGUUAAAAAUGAAGCUACAAAAUCCACAUCCACAAAAACGUCUAGAAAUAACAGCUUGUCUAAACCUCCAUCUAAAUCCAGCAUGGAUGAGAAGCCAACCACUGUUACAAAAAAAUCGCAGAGCGAUCAAACAACACGUACCAAGUCUACAACUCAAAAACCUAAGGAAGAGAAGCAAAUGAUAAAGUCGCCUGCACCAUCGCCUACACCUUCUUCUACAGAAAAACAAGCUUAUCCUAGUUCAGUCUCUGCUGCAUUUUUGAAAUCCAUCAAAAUUCCCAAGAGAAGUAACAGCACUUCGAGUAAUAAGGCUUCAGAGAUGGAAUUAGAGGAAGGAGAGACAAUCAGCCCAUCACCUUCGCCUGUUCAGACGACGACUGCAAGUACUACUUCUACUACCACAAACUCAAGCAGUCGUCGUAUUCGGCCAUUGAAUGAACAAGAAGAGGACUAUGAACGCCCUGAAUCUACAAGAAAACACAGUAGAAAUACCAAUAGACGCGAUGAAGAUAGAUCUAAACGAGAUAGAUACCAUGAAGAUAGCAGCCGAAGAGACAGAAGUCACCGUUCUUCACAUCAUCGCUCACGUUCGCGCUCUCGAUCUCGAUCUCGUUCGCCUAUCAGUCGCAAUCACCGCUCAGAAAGCAAGAGUAAAAGCAACCGUUCUCCUGAUAAAAGAAAUGUGGAUCGUCGUCGUUCGCCUGUUCGUGCAACAACCAUAACAACAGCCACAACAUCAGCUGAAAGAGAAAAUAAGCGUAGAAAUCCAUCUGAUUAUGAAACAAAAUCAUCCAAACAUGAUGGUGAACCACCUGCUAAACGGCAAGUGACUGAAAGUAAGGUAGCAUCAGAUGAAGAAAAGGUGCAAGCAGCAAUAGAAAAGGACAGCAAAUAUACCAACUCUUCCAAUAAUAACAACAAUGCAUCCUCUUCCAAAACUAACAGUAAGCGAAUAACGAAUUCAGCCGUUGUUAGUACACCUAUUCCAGCAACAACAGCAACAACAACAACAACACCUUUAUCUUCUUCCUUUUUAAACAAUGAAAAGACAGUGUCAGCUACUGCACCUAAUGCAGAGACACCUGAACAAUACAAAGUGUUUACUAUCAUGUUUAAACAAUUAGCGUUGGCCAAUAAGAGACGAGGCGAUACACAAACAGAUCCUAUCUUUGCUAUCAUUGAUCAUUUCCAUGCGCUCUGUGACUAUAUGCUCAACUUCUAUUUUGUCGACAAGGUAAACACGCAUGUACCUUUUAAACAAGCUUCUGUGGCAUGGAAGAGUCUGUUUCCCUUCUCAGAUAGUCUACUCAAGAAACUCGAGACAAACAAACUACAUGAUUUACACGGACUCUGUGUGCGUCUGAUUUCAUUGAUUCGUUACUACAUCUACAGUCGUAUGGAAAGUUCAACUCGACCCUUACUGACUAAGCAAUUGGCCAAUGGAAAUGAUGAAGGCUACACAGAUCGUACAUGCAUUGAAAUGACAGAAGGUUUGUUGCGAGAACAUGAAAAGGCAGAACGAUGUUAUUUGGAUUCUGAGCGCUAUAUGACAUAUGGCAAACUGGCCAAGCAUUUCCCUCAGACAUUCAAGAAUGUUUGUAUUGAGGGUAACAUUUUGGCGGGCAUCACGCUAGGCGGCGAAGCAGGUGUAUCUGUGGGGCCCAUGUUUCCUUUUACACCCUACAGUCCUUUACACCACGCUGCUAUUGUGUCCAAGUGUAUUCUAAGUGAAUAUGUAACAAAGCAUAAUCUAAAAUACUCACCUAUAUCUAAUCCUGAAGAAUUUAUGUAGAUUUCUUAUAAUAAAACACAAUAACAUUGAAUGUUGAAGCAAGUAA